ACAGACUUGAACAGCAGAGCGCAAGAGAGGGGAGCUAUUUAAUUGCAAACGGAUCACAGUGCGGGACUCCCCAACGAGAUAUACUAGCGGAAUAAAGCAUCUUUGAAUCCCAGCUGACGCUGCGAACGUGCAAAAUGAAAUUUGGCUUUGUUACGAUUUUGAUGAGCGCCUUAUUAUUUGGUACAUCUUGGGGAAAUUAUGGAGCUCUUACAACUAAACCACCAUGCCGGUCUGGAUUUUCCGAAAGUUUUUAUUCAGUGUUGGUUUCAAGGGAUAUAUUGGAAGGUCAGAGCAUUCUCAAAGGCUCAACAGUUUCUUCAGGAUAUGUGAAAUUUAAUGACUGCCAAGAAAACAAGGCUGUCGGUUAUGAAAGCAGCGACCCAGACUUCAAGGUGCGGAUGGAUGGCUCAAUCUAUGCGGUACGUGAGAUGCCACGCCUGUCAGAAGCAGUUCAGUUCACUGUGACGGCCCGCAGAACCACAGACCCGCAGACGUGGGAAACAACAGUCAGGCUGUCCAUGGAGGGCCAGGAUGUCACCCUGCCUGAUGAACACAAGUCUACCAGCAUGGAGGAUGAAACUUCACCCACAGAAUCAGACCUGGAGAUAGAAAACACAUUGCUCCCUUGGAAACAGCAGCCACGUUCCAGUGGGUUGAAGCGACAGAAACGGGACUGGGUCAUCCCGCCAGUCAAUGUGCCAGAGAACUCCAGAGGGCCAUUUCCCCAAAUGCUUGUCAGAAUACGAUCGGAUAAAGACAAAGCCAUUCAACUCAGGUACAGCAUCACUGGUGUGGGCGCAGACCAGCCACCAGUGGAAAUCUUCAGCAUUGAUCCAGUUGCUGGCAAGAUGUAUGUGACUAAGCCAUUAGAUCGUGAAGAAAGGGCUUCAUAUCAUCUCAGAGCUCACGCUGUGGACAUGAAUGGCAACAAAGUGGAGAAUCCAAUCGACCUAUACAUCUAUGUGAUAGACAUGAAUGACAAUAGGCCGGAGUUCCUUAAUCAGGUUUACAAUGGAUCAGUGGAUGAAGGCUCAAAGCCAGGCUCCCAUGUGAUGAAGGUGACAGCAAAUGAUGCAGAUGAUGACACUACCCCUAAUGGCAUGGUGCGCUACAGAAUACUCUCCCAGUCACCCCACAGCCCAAUUCCUAACAUGUUCACAAUCAACAGCGAGACUGGGGACAUUGUGACAGUUGCAGCCGGGCUGGACAGAGAGAAAGUUUCACAAUAUACCGUCAUCAUCCAGGCCACAGAUAUGGAGGGCAAUCUGAACUUUGGUCUUUCCAACACUGCCACAGCCAUUAUAACUGUCACAGAUGUUAAUGACAAUCCACCUGAACUGACAGCCAGUACAUUUUCUGGGGAAGUUCCAGAGAACAAAGUAAACAUUGUGGUCGCCAAUCUGACCGUAGUUGACAGGGACCAGCCACACACUGCCAACUGGAAUGCUGUUUAUCGGAUAGUGGGCGGAGAUCCCAGUGGACAUUUUACCAUCCGGACUGACCCAGCAACAAAUGAUGGCAUGGUCACAGUUAUAAAGCCUGUUGACUUUGAAAUGAAUAGAGCCUUCAUGCUAACAGUGAUCGUCUCAAACCAGGCUCAGCUGGCCAAUGGCAUCCAAUCCUCUUUCCAGUCAACAGCAGGCGUCACCAUUUCAGUGAUGGAUUCCAAUGAAGCUCCACAAUUUCCUACAAACCCCAGGCUGAUCCGUUUUGAAGAAGGUGUACCUGCAGGAACAGCUCUGACCACUUUCUCUGCUGCAGAUCCUGACCGAUUCAUGCCGCAGACAAUCAGGUAUUCGAAACUCUCAGACCCUGCUAACUGGCUAAAAAUUAAUGCAACCAGCGGCCAGAUCACCACCACGGCAGUUCUGGAUAGAGAGUCGAGCUUCAUUAAAAAUAACAUUUAUGAGGCCACCUUCCUAGCUGUUGACAAUGGAUCUCCUCCUGCAAGUGGAACAGGUACACUCCAAAUUUACCUGAUAGACAUAAAUGACAAUCCACCAGAGCUGCUACCGAAGGAGGCCCAGAUCUGUGAGAACCCAAACGCUAAUGCCAUCAACAUUACUGCAGCAGAUGCUGACACCGACCCCAAUGUUGGCCCUUUUAUCUUUGAACUGCCUUCGUAUCCUUCUGGAGUUCAGCGCAACUGGACUAUCACUCGGCUUACUGGUGACUAUGCACAGCUGAAGUUGAGUCAGCGCAUUAUGCAUCUUGAAUCUGGGGUAUAUGAUGUUCCCAUUAUAAUCACAGACUCAGGGAAUCCCCCUCUGUCAAACACAACUGUGAUCAAAGUCAAGGUUUGUCCUUGUGAUGAGAACAGAGACUGUAUGACAAUUGGAGCUGUAGCUGCUGCUGGACUUGGUACUGGAGCCAUCAUUGCAAUUCUUAUCUGCAUCAUCAUCCUGCUCACCAUGGUGCUCCUGUUUGUCCUGUGGAUGAAACGACGGGAGAAGGAGAGACAAACCAAACAACUGCUCAUUGAUCCCGAGGAUGAUGUCCGAGACAACAUUCUGAAGUAUGAUGAAGAAGGUGGUGGCGAGGAAGAUCAGGACUACGACCUGAGUCAACUACAGCAGCCUGAAUCACUGGAUCACAUCAUCACUAAGCCUUCUGGGAUCAGGCGAGUGGAUGAAAGGCCUGUGGGAGCAGAACCACAAUAUCCAAUCCGACCGGUUAUCCCUCACCCUGGGGAUAUAGGCGAUUUCAUCAAUGAGGGUCUCCGAGCUGCUGACAACGACCCAACUGCACCCCCUUACGACUCGCUCCUUGUGUUUGAUUAUGAGGGCAGCGGCUCCACAGCCGGCUCAGUCAGCUCACUCAACUCCUCCAGCACUGGCGACCAGGACUACGAUUAUCUUAAUGACUGGGGGCCGCGUUUCAAGAAGCUGGCUGACAUGUACGGUGGAGGCGAAGAAGAGUAAACAACUUUGAGAGCCAAGAUGAAAAUGGCGCUUUAUUGUUUUAAAAACAAAAUUUAAAAAAAAGGAGAAAACAGCGAAAAGAAAAAGAACACCACCACCACCACAAGCGUGAGACUGUACAAAGAGGCAGCUUUUUAAUGAACA